GGAGGGUCAGUUCUGAAAUCUUACCUGACUUGUACUGUCUUGAAGCUUCCCAAGAAGAGCUAAUGCUCGCUUCAUUUGGUUCUUCUGAGUUACCUACUACCACCCUCGCGGCAUUGCCGAAGCUCUCCCAUUUAAGGCCCUCUUUCAGGGCCCUUGGGUGCUUGACCACUGAGAAAGCAAAGAGAAGUAUUGGAUCAAUGGGGCUUACCACCAUUCUUCUGGCUUGCAGUUUUGUAGCCAUAAUGACUUCUUCUCCAACAAAUGCACAAACUACCCCAGCACCAUUUCUCCCUCCUUCUCCGGCACCUGCCCCUGCUCCACACUUUGUAAACCUUGCCGAUCUGCUCUCCGUCGCCGGUCCUUUCCAUACCUUCCUCAACUAUAUUGAACAAACUCAAGUCAUCCAAACCUUCCAAAACCAAGCUAACAACACCAAACAAGGCAUCACCAUCUUUGUUCCAAAGGACUCAUCCUUCUCAUCACUUAAAAAGACUACAUUCUCCAACCUUACCCAAGACCAACUUAAGACCCUCCUCCUCUACCAUGCCUUCCCCAAAUUCUACUCCCUGUCUGAAUUCAACAACCUUAGUGCUUUGAAUCCUGUGAGCACAUUUGCUGGCGGCGCAUACACUCUGAACCUCACUGAUAAUUCUGGACUUAUUCAUGUCGCUUCUACAUGGUCGAAUCCAAAGAUAACCAGCGGCGUGUACACAACCCCGCCUGUCGCAAUUUAUGAGGUUGACAAGGUUCUACUUCCAAUGGCAAUCUUCAGAACUAAUCCACCUCUAGCACCAGCUCCAGCCCCAGCUCCAGACGCUACGAAGCCAUCAGAUUUAGGUCCAUCAAGCCGGAACGGAAUCGGGUCUUCUCCCAAAUCUUCCGAAUCCUCGACCACUGAAAGUUCUGCAUGCAGCAUUAGCCUCAGCCUGUUCAUUUACUUGGUCAUGGCAAUUUCCAGUCUCUUGAUGUUUAUGCUGUGAGAAUGCCCUGAGUUAUAGUGAUGAAGGACAUGCAGUGCUUUGGCUGUGGCUCUAUUUUCUUUCAUUUCAUGUUCAUUUUUUUCAACAGAGUAGUUAUGUUGUUGAAAUGGGAUUUCAGACAUGCAAUAUGUUAAAGUUACCAUUGUUUCAUUGUAUUUUUUGUUUUAUGUAAUGGCAUGGAAGAAAUUUUCUUAA